AUGUCUCCCAUGAUCAUCGCCUUCACCGUGGGAUCGAGCUUCGUUCGCAGUGAUGUAGCACGGAAUGUGCCACAAGGGUUAUGGACACCGUCUUGGGGAACUAUGCUUUACAAGGUGAAGUAUGACUUCAAGGUACAAAUUGUUUUGCAAGACACAAGCAUAGUGACCAUUAAGGAACACCCUAUGCAUGUUCAUGGGUUUCACUUCUUUGUAUUUGAUUUUGAUUUCGGCAACUUCAACCUAACAACUAAUUCACUCAAGUUGACCCACUUGUAA